UAAAAGGCUAACCUUGAAAUAGCAGGCAGAGUAAACCUAUAAAAAGUGAAAAGCGAAAUGAGAAAUUCCUGGCUUCAAAGAGAAUCCUUCACGCUGGACUCACGUAACAAACGCCACAAAGUUCAAUUCUAGAUAUGCGCUCAAUGCAACAAGACGAUACAAUGGCACUGGGGCCCUAUUCUAUAACUCGAUUCGAAAAUAAAUUUGCUCGAAUUCGGAUUUUUUGUACUUGGUAACUCUAUUUUCGCAUUUGCAAUUCUAAUUUCGAAUAGUAUAUUAGAAAAUCGAAAACUGGCAACUAUGUAACUCGAAUUUGAAUGUCAAAUUCAUUCGAUCGUCGCAAAUAAUACUCGUUAGCGUUUGAGCUGUAGAAACGGAAUACUAUUUGAAAAAUGGAUUCAUCCAGCAAAAGCCAGCAUACAAAACAAAGCCAAUUUGGAAUUAUGGUGGAAUUCAUGGAAUCGCAUCCAAGUUUGGCCAAAGGCUACAUAAAGUGCGCUGAUGCUAAGCAAACUUCCAAGAAUUUGUGGGGACGGCUGACGGAAGAGUUCAAUGGAGAUGGACCACCUACGCGGGAUGCAUCUUCAUGGAAAAAGGUUUGGGCGGAUUACAAGACCCACCUCAAAGCCAAAGUGCGCAAAAAUAAGUUGCACAUGUCCGGAACUGGUGGUGGCCCUGCAAAAAUUAGUUCCCUUAAUUCGGUGGAGUUAAGGGUAAUGGAGUUGUUGCAAAUAAAUGAAGCAGUAAAUGGAAUAGCCGGUGCUCAAAAAUUCGGUGCAGGAAGAAGUGAAGCCACAAACAGCAACGAAUGUAAAACUGCUCCAACCACUCCGAAUUAUGCAACUGAUUUGCAGGAUCGUGCAGAACUGCCACCUUCUACUCCUCCUUCCUAUUCCCAGGUGUCACCCAAUUGCAGUACGGUGCGGUCCCGAACUCAAAGCAAAAGCAAUCUUUUGAAGAUGCAAGUGGAUGGGCAAAAAAAAUUCCACAAAGAUUGUACUCGCAUUUUAAAAGACGUCAAUUACAAUUUAAAAUCAAUAGCAAAAACAAAUAAGACAUCUGUGGAACAAAUGGAAGAGAGAAUAGAAAUAGAGAGACAAAAACUUAAAUUCGCAAAAUUAAAACAUGAAUACAAAGUAUAAAGCGACAUGGAGAGAAACAAAAUUAGAAUUUCAAAACUUAGACUGAAGCAACAGCUGCUAGAUGUUAAUACACGUAGAGAUUAAUAUACAUACAUAUCAAAUAUUUGCCUCGUAAGUACAUAUGUACACUUGAAGAAAAUUUUUAUG